GGCUGCAAUGAAUGAUCACAGGGCAAAGGCUGACAUGGCACUGACUGAGGAUGUGGCCAUCACAAACGCCAACACCGCAGAGACUAAGGGCCUUGCAAAUACUGACACCACGCCCACUCCCACUCUGAGUCAGGAACUCAUAUUCGACUGUUUCAAGGAGCCUUGUGUUUCUUCUCACCAGCAGCAGCAGGUGCCAGAUAAGGUGGAGAACAUCCACCAGAGUCUCAUGUCCCACGUCUCUGUGGAUGCCAGGCUGCAAACGGACAUUGUGAGGCUGGCAGAAGAACACCCUGCUGACGUGGUGCUGACCCUCCUGCGCUGUGCCCCAACGUGUGACAGAGCUGCUGCAAUGAUGUGGAGAGCCAUAGGCUCAUCGGGACCAGCACUGGAGAAAGCGCUGCCAACACUGCUCUGUGUGAUGGAGGACUGGCCUCUGCACAGAAUGUGUACCUCCAAUGGGGACAACAAGGAUAUUUUUGCCCUGGCUGCUACUCUGGUGAUCUGGCUGAUUGUCCAAGUGCCUGAGUGCCACAAGGCGAUCAUCCUUUAUUCCUCCCGCCUGUUUGUGGCUCUGCUCUUCCAUGUUGUCAUCACCACACAGCAGAUGCCACCAGAGGAAGUUGAUAAUUUCUGGAGUGCAUGCCAGGAGAAACACCGCCUUCCCAGCAAGCCCAACAGGUUUGCAGUGCAGGCCAUGAAGGCUCUGCUCUGCCGACUGCAGUGUGACCAUGUGGUGGUGGCUAUGGAGCGCAAGCAUGGCUGGGACACGCUGCUGUGUGCUCACACCCAGCACUAUGCCGUGGGUCUGCUGGCCAGGGAGAUGCUCCGUGCUUUGAUCCCUUUGUGUUCUCGCAUCGCACUCCACUUGCUCCGGCAGCUCAGCAGGGAGGAGCCGUGCUGGGAUCUGCCCUUCCUGGCAUUCCUUGUGGAGGUCCUCGAGUGCCUGGACACGACUAAAUGUGGUGACAGCAUGCUGGAGAUUAGGUCAUGGUAGCUGCAGAGCGAGUGCAGGGAGCGGCGUCGCCUGGC